ACUUGAAACUCCGCAAAUCGGCCAUGGAUGAUGUGAUCAAUACAAAUCUUCUCUUAAAAUCCUUGCCUUCAAGCCUACUAAAAGAAGGAAUUCACUUUGUGCUUCCCCGUAUUCGCUCAUUCUGGUAAAAUCGCCUACGAUGACUUUUACAGCCCCACCAAACAGAUUAUCCGCACACAUCGUAAAGGGGUCUCCCCUAAUCCUAGACGGCGCACUGGCGACCUAUCUCGAGACCCUUGGAGCAGACAUAAGCGGUGCACUAUGGUCCGCCUCCAUCCUCCUGGACCAACCAUCGUUGAUCAAGCAAACACACCUCGACUAUUACCGCGCAAACGCAAAUGUCGCAAUCACAGCAUCGUACCAAGCAUCCAUUCCCGGGCUAGUCAAGCAUCUGCAACUGAACGAAAAGGAAGCCAAAGACGUGGUCAAAAAGAGUGUGGAACUCGCCCAAGAGGCUCGAGACCAAUACAUCACUGAAUCGACUGCAAAAGUCGGAAACCAGCUGUUCAUUGCAGGAAGCGUAGGCCCCUAUGGUGCGUUUCUCGCAGAUGGCUCGGAAUACCGCGGCGACUACUCUAUCCCCAAAGAGGAGAUGAAAGACUUCCACAGAGGACGCAUUCAAGCUCUAGUAGAAGCCGGUGUAGAUAUCCUUGCCUGCGAGACAAUACCAUCAAAAGCAGAAACUGAGGCCAUAAUCGACCUCUUAACCACGGAAUUUGCUUCGACAGAAGCCUGGUUUGGCUUCACCCUCCGAGACAGCGAGCAUAUCAGCGACGGGACGUCUCUGGCUGAGAUCGCUGCAUUAUUCGAUAACGUACAGCAAGUUGUUGCUCUAGGGUUCAACUGUGUGCCUGAUGACCUCUCAGUGGCUGCACUCAAGACAUUAAAACCGCUAGUGAAGCGGGGGACGCUAGUUGUGUAUCCUAAUUCUGGGGAGCAAUGGAACGCGCAAGCGAGAGAAUGGGAAGGAAAGAGGACAGAGGGAUCUAGUUUGGCUGAGAAGACGAGGGAAUGGAGGGAUGCUGGUGCGGGGCUGAUUGGGGGGUGUUGUCGAACGACGCCAAAGGAUAUCGGAGUCAUGAAGCAGGCUUUGGAAUAGGAUGGAUGAUACAUAAAGGGAUAGAGUGACUUUGGUUGGAGAAAGGUGAUGUACUUGACGGAAACCGCAUUAGACAUGACUGUAUUGGUGCUGAAUUCUAUAUACACCACCUUUUGUGGAUGGGCUGGCCUGUUCAGCAUCUGGGAGGGUGUUGAGAAGUCAGGUUUGCGACAGAGUAUUCACAAAAAGUGUCCUGCAA